AGCGUUCACCGCACUCGACCCCGACGACCCCGACGACAACCACACUCGUUUAUAUCCUACAUACGCGCCCAUAUCUUAGUCGCAGGCCGGCAAAACAAUCCUCACCAUGCCCCCCGCAGUGGCAUACCCCGCCCAGCCAGAUUAUCUCUCUCCUUACCCGCAAGAUCCCUCGGAGUCGUCCCAUGAGGGCGACUAUAAGGCCUCCUACGAGGACCUUAUAGACGAACACGAUGCACCCUACUCCAAGACUACAGGCCAUCAGACAAUAGCCAUCGAUCCCACAACCGCCGCUGGCCACCGCCGCGGUCCUUCCUACCCUCUGUCCCAUCAACCGACCUAUUCCAGCGAAUUCAAUGCCACGCAAGAAUCAGUACCACGUAAAGGCGUGGAAUGGGGCUAUCCGCCGUCGCCGCCCCAGCGAGACAAAGAGAAACCCAGCAUUUGGUCUCAGCUGGUGCCGGACUCGUUGGCUUGCAAGCUAUACGUGCUCACCGUCUUGAUUGAGACGAUUAUCGAUUUGGCAAUAGAAGGCGAUCUGCUUCUCCGGGUGCACGAAGCAAAGAAGGACGGCGAAGGGGACAGUCUGGCCACCCGUAAGAUGCCUGUAUACUUGAGCGUAUUUGUUUUCGCUCACGUCUUCCAGCUCGUGAUGGCCAUUGAUGCCGUAUAUGCCCGCAACACGUUGCAGUUCAUAUCGUUAACGUUAUUCAACGCCCUCUUCCUAUUUUACGCCGUUAUUCAGAUAGGCGAGAUCAAGAGGGCGGCGAUUGACACCAAUGGCAUUGCUGGCAUCCCCAUCCAAGUUCUCACUACCAUUAUACCUAUCGUUAUCUCCGUUGCUGAGAUAGCGUAUAUUGCACUUGGAUGGAAGAUCUACAACGAGUUCGGAUGGAAGGUUUACAAGUUCCUCGGCGCGGAUCGGACAAUCAAGCGGAUAUAUGCCACAUACCAAAUUUUCAUCUGUCUUGUCAAAUUUGACCUAUUCUUCUGGGUCGGAUUUUCCGUGCAGUUCAUCUGGCUCAUCCUUCAGAAGACGGAUUGGGAAUACUACGUUACCGUUGCUGCCCUACCGCUCUCGAUCAUCUUGCUCAUCGAAGGGCAUCUUGCCGCACGACAUGAGAACAAGUGGAUGAUGUUCACUUUCAUGUCCGGUUGCGUUGGCGCUCUUGUGUACUUUUUCUACAAGCUUGUUCGCGUUUUGUCUAACCGGACAGAAUCUGAGUUUGUGGAUGUAUGGGCCUCGCUCACUACGUUCUCUAUCAUAGCCAUCUUAUUGUUGAUCAUCACCUUCGUCUUCGCGUGCUUGGUGCUGAACAAUUAUGGGCGGGGACUCAAGGAACAGCUUGCCAAGAGCUCUACACACACACGAUGGGGUUCGCAGUCUGUAUCCCACAGACCGAUGAGCGCGAAUCCAAACCGGAUGAGCAUAGAUUGAACGAGCGCGGUUGAAGCCUUUGCGCAGUGUAUUCUCUAUUUGUCACUCAUACUCAUCCCUUCACUUGCACAUGGACGUUCUAUCGCCCCCAUUGGCCCGUCAUAUCUUGUACGUAUGAGACCAUGUUACCGCGGUUACUCGUAGCUCCGAUUUCUAUACCUUAACGUGCCACGCCUGCGAGCAGGCUGUUUAUUUGCUCUUUUUGGCUGUGAGGGUAGAGGCGGUCUUGGCAGCUGGGCAUCCCUUCCGCGUC